AUGGAGAAAGCCAGGCAAGCCGUCAAGGGUUUCGUUUCCGGCAGUGGGAAACACCGAACAACCGUCGACGAGGAUGUUCGGAGAGCCGUUUCCGACGAGCAUGUUCGUCCACACCAACAUGAAGAGAUAACCACUGCCGUCGAGAAGGAGAUCCACCAACACCAUCACCACACAACCGUCCAACCCAUCACCGUUCAGGAUACCCUGCCUGAGAAGCACGUGAACAAGGCCCUCCCCGUGGAGCAUAAAUCAUUCGAUCAUGCCAACGAAAGGGACCUUGCCGCCGCCCUUGACCGUGAUGCCGCCCAGUACAAGGACAGCUCCGUUACUCACGCUACCACCCGGUCCACUUCCUCUGCAGGCAUCAUCUCCGGCGAGAACAUCCACCAUCACGUUCACGAGCACAUCCAACCGAUCAUCCAUAGGGAAACUGCCGCUCCCGAGAUUGUCCACACGACUGUUCCUAUCCACGAAGUCCACAAUGUGGCACCGGUGUUCCAUGGAACCUCGACCCUGCCUGCCAAGACACUGGAGGAAUUCACGGGCGGCAAAGGCGGCACGAUCGAGGGAAGAGGGACUGCGAAAGUGAGCGAAUUUGAAGGCUGUCCCAAACCCUACAACAAGGAACUGCAGGCCGAACAACUCGAGGCGGACAAGGUCUUGCAAACACACUCCCAUGGCCAGGCCAGUGGUGUCCCCAAUGGUAAUACCGUGGGCAAUGCCGAUGCCAAUGGCCCUACUGGUUCUCCCAGUGCUCGAUCGCAGGGACUGGGAAGUAAUAAGCCCAUGAACAAAGCUGACUCGCCGUCUGAUUCCGAUCUCGAUGGUCCCAGUACUCGUAAUCGUGCUGCGUCCAAUGGAUCGUCUUCGUUUGCGGAUAAGUUGAAUCCGUUCAAGGAUGCCAAUGGAGACGGAAAGAAAGGGUUCUUCGGCUGA